AUGUACUUCACUUAUGUAAUACGACCAGGAGAUGCGCCUGAGAGUAGGAAACCGCAAUUUGAACCCAUUUGGGAAUUCUUAAUGAAUUACAACCUACGUUUGGGCUUUGUAAUCCAAUUAACUUCCUAUGCAAUUCUCAUCUCUAGCAUUUAUGCUGGUGGGAAGAGUCCAUUUGGACUUUUAGGAUUUCUCAGAGCAACAGUAGAUAGUAUUGGCAUCACACCCUUCUCAUCUGUGUUAUUUUGCCAUGGCGGAUUCAUCAUUGGGACACUUCUUAUUAUGGCCUUUAUACAAAUGGCGGAGGACGAUAGUAGCAUUAAACAAUCAAGGGGUUAUCGCGCUGGGACUAAAUUUAUCCUACAGGCUACUUCAUUUGCAUCAGUUUCUUGGUGUUUAUCAUUGGUGACAUUUCUGGGUGCUACUUAUUACUUUGAUUCGGAAUGGUUGGAUGAGCAAAUUGGCGUUGGAUCGAAUUGGAUAAUUCACUUUACAUCAAGAGUUUUGGAUUCAUUUGCCAUGCUUUGUUAUGCUGGCGGUUGUUUCUUUUUGGAAACUUAUCAUUCUCAUGGCACCAACGAGAUUUGGGGGUGGAUUUGCGGUGCAGCAUAUAUAGCUACAGGGACUACUGAACUACUUGCACUGAUAACUUACAACACACCAAACUUUUCAGCAUUCGAGUAUUUGCACACACUAUCAUUUGGCAUAUCUAUACUUGUUAGUUGUAUAUGGGCGUUCCUAUUCGAGCCAGUUAGUCAUCUACAUGAUGUGAAGCUUAACCAGAGUGCUUUGAGGAACGAAUAUUACAAGUCUAAGAAUGCGUUGGCUUAUUAUGGCCCUGCUGUGGUUACCAAUAAUGGGGAAAUCAACAUCACCUCUUAG